CUUGGAGCAUCUUAUCCCAAGAUCUCUACACUUCAGACUGAGCAUUACCUUCUUCAGGAAGAAAAACAUAACAACGCGAAAGCUAAAUGGCCAGUGCAGACGGCUUUCCCGCCAGCUUCUACAGCGAGCCGGGUGUGCUCGGGCUCCUGUCCAAUGGCAUCAGUGCCUUCCUCGUGCUGCUGCAAAACUUCCAUGGCUUCCACACUGGCGUCCUGGCACAGGGAGUGGAAGACAUACUUGCAGGUGUGCACCUCAUCUUGAUUGGUGGGCUGUGUCAGCUGGUGGCCGGCUUCCUUUCGUACCGUAAAUACGACCAUCUGGGUGGCACCGCCUUCGUCGGCUACGCCGCGCUGUGGAUGAGCUACGGCGCCACGCGGAUCUUCCAGGGUGCCGUCACGCCCAUUUCCCCAAACAUAAACUCGACCAACACCUCCUCCAUCCUCACCGAAGACGCCGUCUACGUCAACAUGAGUAGUGGCAUGACAACGUUCCUGAUUGAGAACGCCACCACCACCAUGGCACCUCCGAAUGCAACAGUGCUCGACCUCUUUGUGGCCCAGUCGGCCGUCGCUGGACUCCUCCCGUACAUCCUCCUCUCCUUCAUCCUGGCCUUCUGCUCGGCCACCGUCAACUACAUCAUGCCCUUCGUGUUCGGAGCCAUCACGGCCACCCUGGUGUUCGAGGCCGUGGCCGCGGUGGGUGGCAGCUGGGCGUUGGUGGUGUCCGGUGUCUUUGAGCUGGUCAUCCUCCUGUUUGCCAUCUACGGCUCGGCAGCGCUGCUGGUGAAGGGCCUGGCUCAGCGCUACAUCCUCAAGGGCUUCGGAACGCCGCUCUUCAACGUGCUACUGCUGGGCACGGCCAACUCGGGGGGCAGCACGGCCCAGAGCCUGGGCCAGGAGAAGAAGAAGAACACCAAGUACGCCGAGCCCAUGGCGUUGGGCUACUUCUGUGACACCGUUUCGCCGUUCAUCUUCGCCUUCUACGCCUUCGGCUACUUUCCGACCUUCGCCGUGGGCGCCGUGUGGGUCUCCAUCAACUCCGCCUCGCAGAUCCUCUCUAGCUACUACGGUUACCUGCGCCAAGACACCUACCACGCCGCCAAGUACGGCCUACAUGUCACCUAUUGGCUGGUGAAGGCCUGGGAGGAGUUCGUGGUGUCCGUGUUCCUGGCGCAAGACGACGACGCAGCCUCCGGGCGGCUUGGCAUGGUGGGCGACUGGUUCUUCGUGGCGUCGGCUGUCGUCCUCUGCGUGGUCUGCUUGAACAUGGACACCUUAGAGCUGCUCCACAACCUCUCCUUCCUCCUGCUCACCAUCUCCACCAUCUCCCAGAUCCCCCUGCAUGGCUAUUACUACUUCUACGGCGUGGCGUGCUCGAUCUUCACUGCCGUGUCCCUGUACGGCACCUUCGCACGCCUCAUCAACUCCAUUGCCGAGAAGCCCCUCAUCCGCGUCGGGCCGCAACCGGUCUCCGCGGCUAGGCUUGAGGCCAUUCUCAGCGGGCUCAGCCACUGUAAGGGAGCCUUGACCAAAAAGGAGCUUGCCGAAGGGACCCGCUGCCAGCUCCCAGAUGUUCUUUUCUACAUGACCAAUGGGAUCGCGGCCCUUUCAGCCAUUCAGGCCGAAGACGUGCCCGCUGCCUUCCUGCACAUGACCGUGCCCUGGGUGCUGAUACCUGGGGCCAUCAUGCAGUCCUUCGUCAGCCGCCUUCAGGUGCAGAGGGGCAAGCGCUUCGGCUCCGUCAUCCCUUUCCUAUACGCAGCCAUCUGGGCAACAUGGGCCUGGUACAGGUUUGCAGGACAUCUGCUGCACAUCUUCCCUGCAAAUGCCCAGGGCUUUUCCGCCGGAGCAGUGGCCUUCCUGGUGAUAAACGGCUUUGUCAUGCUGAUUGCUGCUUACGGGAACCUGGUGUUAUUGAUCCUGACCAUCAUCAUGGAGGUGGUGCUAGUGUGCUUUCUGCUAUCCACACUUGGAACUCUUCCAUACCGGCUUGAGAUUGCCAUGCUAGCUAUAUUUGCUAUUAUCUGCCUUUAUGGCGUUUUGGCAUCCCUCGUCAACUGCAUCUUCAACAAAACACUCAUUCCGUUGGGACCAGCACUGCUGAAGAGCAACAAGAGGAAGACCCGACCUGCAGCUCUUCCCUGCCCCGUGGCCAACUCUCGUCUGACAGGUGGGAUCAUGCAGAUUGCCAAGGCCCUGGAUGAAGGUGGCGUCUGUGGGAUUCCCACAGAUACAGUCUAUGCCUUGGCUGCUUCCUGCAAGAACCCUGCGGCAAUCGAGAGAAUUUACAACAUCAAGGAUCGGCCACUGGAAAAGCCUGUUUGCAUCUGCAUUGCCAACGUGGAGCAGCUUGUGGCAGCCAAGCCGCCCUUCAGCCCUUUGCUGUGGGAGUUCAUGAGAAAUGUAUAUCCUGGAGGCAUCAGCUGCAUCAUCGCCAAGGGAGACUGGCUCUACAGACUUGGUGUGGGUGGAGCGUACGACCGCGUUGGCACCAAGGACAGCAUCAUGAUCCGCGUGCCCGACCACACGGUCACCAUGCACCUGUGCACCCUCACCGGCCCCAUUGCCAUCACGUCCGCCAACCCCAGCGGGGAGCCAGACAGCCUCCACCACGACAUGGUCGUCUCGCGUUUGGGUCACAAGCUCCAGGGUGUCCUUUGCGAUGGCGAAUCUGCAGAGGUGGCCCCCUCAACUGUUGUCAACUGCCUCCGAAUUGAUGAAGGUAUCAUCACGUUUGUGAGAGAGGGUUGUGUUCCCACUGCCAAGGUCAGGCAGAUAUUUGAGAGAGUAAAGAGCAGCAUGGUGUGAAACCACCCGCCAACACAAGAGCAACAGCAAGACUAAUUUCCUUUUUUACUGUACACUGAUUACUUUUGGUAAUUUUUUAAGCAUCCUAUGCAUCCCACCAAAUACGUCUUCCGAGCUGACCUGAAGAAGCGGUUGCCAAAACCCGUCUUGAAGCGUAAUCAGUGUACAUUUUUUCCCCUGCCUCACUCCUGCACUUGCAUUGCUGAAGCCUUGUGCACAUGGACUUUCAUGAACUUUGAUUGUCAUUAUUCAUUGUAUUUCUCUAUUUGAAUGUGGUUCUUGGAAUUUGUGAAAUGUACACACUUCUUGCCAUUUUUCUUUCCUUUUUCUUCUGUCUUUUUUGUUGUUGCAUAUUUUGCUCAUACAUAUGCUGGGCAUAUGUACACUACAUCAUACCAAUGUUAUAAGUGGUGUUUUAACAGUGCCAAAUGAACAAAGUUGUUCUGCAUUGGAUUAAUAAUAGCCUAUGAUAAGAUAAAUGUUUGGGACAUGUGUACCUAUGGUACAGAUCAUAUGUACAGUAACAAAGAUGGAUGGUGCACCAAUAACUUGAUGGAAAUAAUAACACUAAUAAAUAACAAUAAAAAGUAAGGGGAAAAAAAAUAUAUAAAUGAUGUGGAUAUCUUUCAAGUUACAGUAGGCCUAUAUGUAUAUUUAAAGUCUGGCAUCAUCUUUGUAUUUAUUAAUGUUUUUUUAUUUACUGUAAAAAAAAAAGAUUUGUGAAAAGUCUGU